AUGAGUGAUCAACAAGUCCAGCAAAGUGGAAAUAAUACUUCGGCACCAGUCACACCAUCCAUUCCACCGAAAAGGCCUCGCUCACGUCGCAGCAAUGUUUUCAGUGGGUUUUCCACAGCAGUGCCAGUGGCAGUCCCGUCAAGACCUCGCUCACGUCGCAGCAAUGUCUUCGGAAGAGUGUUUCCUACAGCAGUGCCAGAUGUAAGCCCUUCAAGACCUGAACUACUAGAGCCUUCCCAUCCGAGGCAAGAAUCAAUGUUUCCAGUCAAGGAAGUCUCUCUGAAAAGAGCGAAAUGGGUUGCAGAUAGCUUGGCUGAUAGGCCUGCAUCGCAGCAGCGCAGUUCUGGGGAAAAGAUCGUAACCGACAAGGAGCAGCUUGCUAGUAACUUUACUGUCACAUCGAUUUCUAAGAACAGUACC